AUGGAUGCUCUUAAGAGGCAAAGGAGAACCCAAAGAGCUCUUUUUACCAGGAGUUUUAAUUCAUUUAUAACGGAAUUUGAUAGCGAGGGUACGAAAGAAGAGAAAUUAGUUGCCUUUCAGAUGUUGGAGAGCAAAAUGACGGACUUGGACACAAUUCAUUUCAAUUUCACGCAACAGCUUUUUGAAGAGGUGGAAGACGAGGAAGAAAUAACUAGAGAAUUAGAGACUAAUGAUACUUAUAAGAAACAAUUUCUAUCAGCAAAAAUGAAAGUUUCUACAUUGACGACACAGGCGGUGCAUUCUCAGCAACCUACGUUUGUUUCGCCUGCGGUAGCUGUUCAGAAAACUUUGAAUCUGCCAAAAAUCGAGUUACCGAAAUUCAACGGACAUAUAAAAGACUGGCUGCCAUUUUGGACGCAGUUCAACAAAAUCCACAGUGACGACUCUAUCAAUAAGGAGGAUAAAUUCCAAUAUUUACUUCAGGCAGCAGUAUCAGGUUCUCGUGCAAGUGAUUUAAUUAGCAGUUUCCCUUCGACGGCGGAAAAUUACGACAAGGCGAUCAAAAGUUUAAAAAAUCGAUUUGGUCGUGAUGACGCCGUAGUGGAAUUUUAUGUGCGGGAGUUACUUGGUUUAGUGUUACAAAACGCUUCAAAGCACGAUAAGAAUUCGUCAAUUUCAAUAAUUUACGACAAAUUAGAAUCUAAUAUUCGUGCUUUGGAGACGCUUGGAGUGACGACCGAUAAAUGUACGGCAAUGCUGUACCCUCUUGUGGAGUCAUCCCUACCCGAAGAGGUGCUUCGUGUAUGGCAGCGGAAUGGAGUACGGGAAGGUGGUGAUAAUAGAAAUCCUGAGGAACACAAGGAUAGAUUAUCGAGAUUAUUGGAAUUUUUACAACGAGAAGUGGAGAAUGAAGAACGGAUCGAGAUGGCGCUUUCAGGUUUUGGUGUUUCGGCAGAUCAAGAGAAGGCGAAAAAACAUAGAGGUAAAGUAGAUCAUAUUCGAGAUAUUCCUACCGCGCAUACUCUUGUUACUAAAAAUAUUGAAAGAACGGUAGUUUGUAUAUUUUGUACAUUGUCUCAUGAGAGUCGAGAUUGUGAGAUGGCGCGUAAGCUUGAUUUAAAUAAGAAACGGGAAAUAGUAAAAAAGGAGAACGCAUGUUUUUAUUGUUUGAAGAAGGGACACAUUUCAAGAACGUGUAGAAUAAGAAUUAAAUGUGAGUGGUGUUCAUGUAGACACGUUCUUUUGAUGUGUCCAAGUUUUCUUUCUAAAGAUUCUACGGAAAAUAACUCGGGCGAUAAGGAUAAAAUUGUAAAAGAACAUAACUUGACGAAUUUUUGUGACUCACCCGAGGUUUAUUUACAAACGUUGAAAGUCAAGCUGUAUUCGCAAUCAAGGGAAAAAGUUGUUAGAGUUUUAAUCGAUUCAGCUUCUCAACGUUCUUAUAUUAGAACAUGUAUUGCGAAAGAAUUGGGUUACGAAAUAAAGGGUAAACAAGAGAUAAUUCAUUCAUUGUUCGGGGGAAUAAAAUCGAAAUGUGAAAGCCACGAUGUUUAUUUAAUUCAUAUGAAAAGUAUUGAUAAUUCUUACGCGUGUAAUUUUUCUGUAAUGGAUCAAAACACAAUUUGUGAUUCGAUACCGGGAGUAAGAAGUGAAGAGUGGGUGCAACAUUUGCGAAAAAAUCGAGAAAACGGAAAAAAUGGUUCGCGAUAA